AUGGCUCAAAGAAUUGAGUGGAAUCUGAACGGCUUCAAGCCUUCGAUGAAAGAUAUCGUUACUGAGGCUUUAUGUCUUUACCAGGACUACCUGAAGAUUGCAAAGCAUAUCAAGGAGAGUGCGGAUAAGCUUUACGGUGGGCCGCAUCACUGUGUUGUUGGCCGAAACUUCCAUGGGUAUGUCAGAACCGAUAAUCCCUGGACAUUUGUAGCCAGUGUAAAGGACUUCUUCAAAUUAUUUGACUUACUAACUAGUAAAAAAAUAUGUGAUUUGGAAACAAUAGAAAUAAUAGGUCAGAACCAACAAAUUGUGAUUAGUUAAACUAAUUUACUAAACCCUUACUCCAUGAAGUAGUAAACAGUAUGGUUUAUUUAAUAAUGAUUUAUUUAAUAACAAAAGGCUUUUACUGACAAAACGAUUUAUCAUUAUUGUGCACUAUUUUUUUAGAUUCGCCACCAUUGAGGAUUCCAUGCAGUGCCGAAUUGACAAUUUGAAAGUCUACGUCUACAAGUCGCCCAGAUGGGCCCCUAAGGACGGAAUGUAG